GCCGCACUGGUUCCGUCUGGCUCUCGCUUAGCUGCUGCGUGUCCCGGGAUGACCUGUUGAUGUCGGUAGAAUGGAGACUGGCAGGGGGAGCGAUUUCCCCCAUCACCAAAAUAUUUAAAUAAGCCACAUUUGGGUGCUUGAUAAGCGACGCCGCAGCCGAGCUUCCUCGCCCGCGUUGACAAGCCUUUGUUGGUGUGCAUUUGCGCACCAUGGCACAGACCCUCCAGAUGGCGAUCCCAAACUUUGGCAACAACGUUUUAGAGUGUCUGAACGAGCAGCGGCUCCAGGGCCUCUACUGCGAUGUCUCGGUGGUGGUCAAGGGUCAUGCCUUCAAGGCCCAUCGCGCCGUGCUGGCUGCAAGCAGUUCUUAUUUCCGGGACCUUUUCAGCAACGGUGGCAGUAGUGGAGGCUGCAGCGGCAGUGAGGCCAGCCCAACUGUGGUGGAGCUUCCACCGGCUGUGCAGCCGCAGAGCUUUCAGCAGAUUUUGGCCUUCUGCUACACGGGCCGUCUCAGCAUGACGGUGGGGGACCAGUUCCUCCUAAUGUAUACAGCCGGCUUCCUGCAGAUCCAACAGAUCAUGGAAAAGGGCACGGAAUUCUUCCUCAAGGUUUCCUCUCCCAGUUGUGACUCCCAGGGUCUUAACGCAGAGGAGGCGCCACCGUCUGAGCCUCAGAGUCCAGUAACACAGACCGGUACUAGCGCGGCCCGGCCCGCCGCCUGCUUGACGCCUCUACCAUUGGUGUCACGGGUGAAGACGGAGCAACCUGCGAGCCAACCGGAAGCUGCCGCUCAUUCAGUGGUCUGCACGCCCGUCGCCAAGCGGUUGUGGGAGGGUGGCAGCAGCCGUGAUGGAGGAGGCGGUGGCUCCGGGGCAGGAGGGGGAGCUAGAAAAGCAGCGCGUUACUCCCAGGAUGCGGUGCGAGGCAGCGCCAUCCAGAGCCCCGGAGUGCUGGGUCUGGCCAUAGGUAUGGGUGCCACGGCGACCGGCCUGGCUGGCAUGGUGCCGAGUGGCGGGCUCAGUGGGAGUGCAGGCACCAAUGGGAAUUCUUCAUCCGGUGUGGGCAUGUCAGAGGGCGCCAGUCCUGGCACCUUGAGUACCUACGCUAGUGACUCACCCAUCAGCUACCACGAUGACGAAGAAGAGGAAGAGGGCACAGAGGACAGUGCGGAAGAGCAGUACAGGCAAAUCUGCAACAUGUACACCAUGUACAGCAUGCUCAACAUGGGGGCAGUAGCUGCUGGCGAGCGGGUGGAGGCUCUUCCCGACCACACGGAGACACGGGGGCGCAUGCGGGGCCGAGACCUCACUUGUCUCCCGGCAGAGCUUAUUGCCCAGAUCGGCAACCGCUGUCAUCCCAAACUGUAUGAGGAAGGAGAUCCUGCUGAGAAACUAGAGCUGGUCUCAGGUACGUCUGUCUUUAUUUCCCGAGCCCAGCUGAUGAACUGUCAUGUGAGUGCUGGGACCAGACACAAGGUGCUGCUGAGGAGGCUGCUGGCUGCCUUCUUUGACAGGAAUACACUGGCCAACAGCUGCGGGACUGGCAUCCGCUCGUCCACCAACGACCCGAGCCGCAAGCCCCUGGACAACAGAGUACUGCAUGCAGUCAAAUUUUACUGCCAGAACUUUGCAACCAGCUUCAAAGAGAGCGAGAUGAAUGCCAUCGCCGCCGACAUGUGCACCAACGCCCGGCGAGUGGUCCGCAAGAGCUGGAUCCCCAAGCUCAAGCUGCUGAUCGCCGAAAGCGAUGCCUACUCCACCUUCCUCUCCGACGGCGUCAAAGCCGAGGACGACGCCCUGGGCGCCGACCCGGCGUUCGAUCCCGCCUCUCUGGAGGCCUCGGCCGGCGCCGGCGCGGAUUCGGGCGGCUCUUCAGGUGAAUCGUUACCGGGCGUGAGUGGGGACGUGGGAGCGUUAUUCUGA